AGGGCUUCAGAAACGCAUUCUCCUCAGACUGUCAGGGUCUGGUCAUGGGCCCCAGAGCCCUGCUCCUGCUGCUCUCGGAGGCCCUGGCUCUCACCGAGACCUGGGCGGGCGUCCACGAUGUGAGGAUUUUUAGCACGUCCGUGUACGGCCCGGGCCGCGAGAAGAACCGGUACAUCGUCGUGGGUUACGUGGACGACACGGAGAUCUUGCGGUUCGACAGCGACGCCGCGAGGCCUAGGCUGGAGCCGCGGGUGCCCUGGAUGGAGCAGCCCUGGGUGGAGCAGGAGCACCCACAUUUUUGGGACGAGAAGACGCGGGUCUGCAAGUAUAACCAACAGACUUUCGGAGCGAACCUGAACAACCUGCGCCACUACUACAACCGUAGCGAGGACGGGUCUCACACCUACCAGGAAUUGAGUGGCUGCGUCUUGGAGUCCGACUCGGGGUUCUUGCGCGGGUUCAGUCAGUUCGCCUACGACGGCACCGACUACCUCACGCUCAACGAGGACCUGCGCUCCUGGACCGCCGCGGACGCAGCUGCUCGGAUCACCUGGCGCAAAUUGGUGCAAGUUCCUGACGUGGAGCGACGGAGGCUCGCCAUUGGAGAUUCGUGCGAGCGCUGGCUCCGCCUGUUCCUGGAGAACGGGAAGGAGACGCUGCUCCGAGCAGACCCUCCAAAGACACACGUGACCCACCACCCCAUCUCUGACCAUGAGGUCACCCUGAGGUGCUGGGCCCUGGGCUUCUACCCUGCUGACAUCACCCUGACCUGGCAGCGUGAUGGGGAGGACCUGACCCAGGACAUGGAGCUUGUGGAGACCAGGCCUGCAGGGGAUGGAACCUUCCAGAAGUGGGCAGCUGUGGCUGUGCCCCCUGGAGAGGAGGAGAGAUACACAUGCCAUGUGCAGCACCAGGGGCUGCCUGAGCCCCUGACCCUGAGAUCGGAACCCCCUCCUCAGACCACCAUCACCAUCAUAGGCAUCAUUGCUGCCCUGGGUCUCCUUGGAGCUGUGGUCACUGCAGCUGUGCUGUGGAGGAGGAAGUGCUCAGACAGAGACAGGAAGAGCUGCACUCAGGUUGCCUGCAGCAACAGUGCCGAGGGCUCUGAUGUGUCUCUCACAGCUAAUAAUGGUGAGACCCUGAGGGCAGGAAGUGGCGGGCAUUGGGACCAAGGAACACAACUGGGCUUGGGGACUCUCAGUGUGACACAAUCUGAGCAUAUGGUGGGAUGUGAGAGAAUGUGACACUUGUGAGACUGACCUGAAUUUUUUCAUAAUUUUCUUUCCAGUGUGAUGGAACUGCCUUGUAGGGGACUUGGUUUAAAGUAGUCAUUGCAGCCUCAUCUUUGGAGUUUAAGGAUCUCUGACUGCUGUUUGUGCAAUCGGCACUGGAACCUAUCUGCAUUAUAUUAAAAUUUGCAAUGUAUUUAUAUGUAUAAAUUAAACAGAAGUGAUUUAGAUUAAAGGCUGGAAGGGGUAUGGUA